AUGCGCGCAGCGAUCAGCCACAAGUUCGGGCGCGACUUCGGGUUCGGUGAACAACCUUGGUCUCAAAAUGCCGCGACUGGGACAUUUUCGGGGAAUCCCUCCCUGUCUGUGGUGGUCUCGCAGUACAUGAUAAGUUUGCAGCGCCGCAAGGUGCGCGCUGGCGAGGAGGUUACAAGUGCGCGCGCAAUCACUCAUGAGACUAUGCGGCAGCUCUGGGAGUUCAAUAUCAAGUAUUCGACUGAUCGCAGGCGCACAACAUCGCGCAAGCGGAAGGCUGAGCAUCCAGAGGACUGGGCGGGUUACCGGGUUCGCCAAAUGUUACAACUCCUCUACAUUGUGUCAAUGCUGUGUUUGCUCCGCUUCGACGAAGCAUUGCGAAUCAUGUGGACAGAUAUCACUAUGUUUGUCAACGAUGACGGCAUUCAUUGUGUGCGGCUUGACCUCCCGUUUCGGAAGACGGCUCAAUAUGGAGGUAUUGCACCAUUCCCCCUCUACCCUAAUCAAGAACAGCCGUGGUUGUGUCCGGUUCGAGCGUUUGCAAAAUGGUGGCAACUGUGCGGGGAGAUGAACAUCGAACGUACGGGAUAUAUCUUCCGCAAGCGCGUUGGACGUGACGGUGUGAGUAUCAAACCGUCUGACAGAAUGUCAAACGACAACUUCGUCCAGUGCUUCCGGAAUAACCUCGUUGACAUUCUGAUCGAUCCUCGGCCUUAUGGGACCCACUCGUUUCGUCGCGGCGGGUGCCAGUAUCUUGCAAUGGUCAAGCGUUGGCCAAUUCGUGACAUCUGCACAUGGGGCGGCUGGGCAGAGAACUUCGACAACCCUAGUACUAUCUUCAAGUAUCUCAUGUCAUGGGUGGAUACUCCUCUCCUCGAGAGGAAGGACUAUUUCAACCCCAAGAGGGCCACAGCUGACACUUGUCAUCAGUGUGGUCGCACCUGCACAUGCGCGUGA